CUAGGAGGUAGAAAAACAGACGGUUUCCAGGAUGACUUGUCAUUGCUGGCCUCUGGUGGUAUCAAGGGGUCAGGUCCGAUCUGGGACCGCUCAGAUGUUGCACUGGAGGCGUGGCUGAGAGCAGAAUAAAGGCUUCCUGAGACCGAGGGAUCUGGCACUUCCUAACCUACCUGGAAAGGAAGACUGGUGGUCUCAGGAAGAGCAGAUCCCAUGCUGCUCCCAGCCCUGCUCUGUUUCUGGGCCAUUUGGUCCUGGACUGAUGGGCGAUGGUGCCAGCAGACAGAAACUGUCCGGGUGGAGGAGGUGGUGACCCCUCGAAGGGAGGAACUAGUGCCCUGCAGCCAUCUCUACCAUUAUAUUCACCAGGGCUGGCAGCUGGACCUGGCCAGGAGCAGGCCCACAAACUCCCCAACUCCUGCUCUUUGCCCGAUCUACAAACCAGCUGAUGUGCGGCCGGUGGCGUGGAACCGGACUGUGAGGGCCUGUUGUCCGGGGUGGAGAGGGCCCCGUUGCACUCUAGGUGCCGGCACCACGGAUCGCUGUUUUGCCACAUGGCAGUGCCAAGUAGGGCCAGAUUUAUUGAAUGCCUCAGCAGGCAGCUUGGAGGAGUGCUGUGCCCAGCCCUGGGGGCGCAGCUGGUGGAAUGACAGCUCAGAACGCUGCUUUAGUUGUUCUUCCUGGCCUUUGACAGGUAACCGUCUGUCCCCAGCCCUCCUGCAGCCCUUGCCUGGGGCGGUGGGCCACCUCCGGAGCCAGCGCCAGGGCCUCUCGGCCACCUGCACCACUUGGUCCGGCUUCCACUACCAGACCUUUGAUGGCCGUCACUAUCACUUCCUGGGCCGAUGCACCUACCUACUUGCGGGGGAUACCGACGCCACCUGGGCUAUUUACCUCACUCCUGGCCGGCAUUGCCUCCGACCUGAUUACUGCCAGCCGAUUGUUCAGGUUCUGAUGGGGCAGGAUGAGGUGCUGAUCCAGGGACCCAAUGUCUCAGUAAAUGGAGCACCAGUGCUAGAGGGGGAGCCCCUCCUGCAGCACGGGCUGAGCCUGCAGUGGCCAGGGGACUGGCUGGUCCUGUCUGGCGGUUUGGGUGUGGCGGUGAGGACGGACAGGGCUGGUUCUGUCUCACUCACUGCUGACCAAGAACUCCAGGGACAGACCCGGGGUCUCUGUGGGUUCUAUAAUGGCCAGCCCGAGGAUGAUUUUCUGGAGCCUGAUGGGGAACAAGCCGUGUUAGCUGCUACUUUUGGCAAUUCCUGGAAGUCCCCUCACUCGGAGCCUGGGUGUGGGGAUGCGAUGGAGGCAUCUCAGAGCUGCAGGGGCCCCGCUGAGGAUACGGAGGCAGGGGGGCUGCAGGCCGAAGCUCAGGACAUCUGUCACCAGCUGCUCGAGGGUCCCUUCAGAGAGUGUCACGUCCAGGUCCCCCCCGGCGGGUUCCACGAAGCUUGCCUCUUUGCCUACUGCAGGGCAGGGGGUGGGCCGGCGGGGAGGCGGGAGGCGGUGUGCGCCACGUUCGCCAGCUACGCCCGCGUCUGUGCCCAACGCGACGUCCUCGUCCUCUGGCGGGAGCCUGGCUUCUGCGAGCACCUCUGCCCGGGGGGGCAGCUCUACUCGGACUGCGCUUCGUCCUGCCCCCCCAGCUGUGGGGCGGUGGGCGAGCAGGAGGAGGGGCGCUGCCGAGAGGGCUGCGUGAGCGGCUGUGAGUGCCCGCCGGGACUGUACAGGGACGGCCCCCUCUGCGUCCCCGCCGCUCGCUGCCCCUGCUACCGCCACGGCCAGCGCCACUCCCCAGGCAACACGGUGUACCAGCUGUGCAACCCGUGCGUGUGCCAGGAAGGCCGCUGGCAUUGUUCCCAGAAGCCAUGCCCAGCAGAAUGUGCAGUGGGCGGGGAUGGGCACUACACCACCUUCGAUGGGCGAAGUUUCUUCUUCCAGGGCCCAGGGGGCUGCCAGUACACCUUGGUACAGGAUUCUCUGAAGGGGCAGCUGCUGAUGGUGUUAGAGCACGGGGUCUGUGAGGCGGGGAGCUGCCUGCGAGCUGUCUCUGUCACCCUGGGGGAAGUCCGCGUGCAGCUGCGGGACUCAGGGGCGGUGCUGGUAGGCAGGAGAGAGGUAGCAUUACCUUGGGCCGGGCCAGGGGGUCUCAGUGUUCAUCUCGCCUCCUCCACCUUUCUGUUGCUUCGGGGGCCCGGAGUCUGGCUCCUCUGGGGCCUACACGAACCUGCCGCUUACAUUACCUUGGAACCGCUCUAUGCCCACCGGGUAAGGGGGAUGUGUGGAACCUUCACCUGGAACCAGCAGGAUGAUUUCCUGACCCCUGCUGGAGACGUGGAAUCCAGCGUGGGGGCCUUUGCCAGCAAGUUUCAGCUGGGCGGGGAGGGAGCCUGCCGGGUGGGGGCUCCCGUCGUCCCGCCGAACCCCUGCAGCACCCAUGCUCAGCGCCGCCUCUACGCAGAAGCCGCUUGUGCCGUUCUCCAGGGCCCGGCUUUCCAGCGAUGUCACAGGCUGGUGGAGCAAGAGCCCUACCAGCUGCGGUGCCUUUCAGCAGUGUGCGGCUGUGCCCCGGGCCACGACUGCCUGUGCCCUGUGCUCUCGGCCUACGCCCGCCACUGUGCCCGGGAGGGUGUGCCGGGCCCCUGGAGGAGCCAGACUUUGUGCCCUGUUGUGUGUCCGGCUGGCCAAGAGUACCAGGAGUGCACCCCGGCGUGCGGCCGGAGAUGUGGAGAACCCGAGGCCUGUGGGGAGCCUGUGGGCUGCGUGGCGGGCUGCAACUGUCCCUCUGGCCUGCUGUGGGAUCACGAGAGCCAGUGUGUGCCCCCCAGCCUGUGCCCCUGCCAGCGGGGAGGCCGGGCUCACGCCCCGGGCAGCGCCAUCUCGCAGGGAUGCAGCCGCUGCUUGUGCCAGGACAGGGGCAUCUGGAACUGCACGGAUCAGGACUGUGGCUUGGGAGUGGCACUCUGCCCUGGAGAGCGCGUUUACUCCCCAGGCUCCUGCCUCCUCACCUGCGACAGCCUUAGCGCCAAUGUCUCCUGUGCCCGGGAUGCCUCUGAGGGCUGCGUCUGCCCCCUGGGCACUGUGCUGCUGGAUGAACAUUGUGUGCCCCCUGAACUGUGCCCCUGCAGACACAGCAGGCAGCUGUAUCUCCCCAACUCAACCAUCCAGGAGGACUGCAACACCUGCGUGUGCCGGGGCGGACGGUGGAGCUGCACGGGUCAGCGCUGCGGCGGGCGCUGCCGGGCCUGGGGUGCCCCCCACUACGUGACAUUUGACGGCCUGGCUUUCACCUUCCCCGGCACCUGCGAGUACCUGCUGGUUCGGGAGGCGGAUGGGGGCUUCUCCGUCUCGGCCCAGAACCUGCCCUGUGGGACGGGCGGCCUCACCUGCACCAAGGCCCUGACUGUGCGCUUGGGGAGCACCGUUGUGCACCUGCUCAGAGGCCGGGCGGUCACAGUGAACGGCGUGAGCGUGCGCCCUCCCAAGACCUACACGGGAUCCGGGCUGAGCCUGAGACAAGUCGGCCUCUCCUUGCUGCUCACGGCCCGCCGCGGCCUGUCCUUGCUCUGGGAUGGAGGCACGCGGGUGGCGGUGCAGCUGGCCCCCCAGUUCCGGGGCCGAGUGGCGGGGCUCUGUGGGGACUUUGACGGUGACGCUGCCAACGAUCUUCGGAGCCGGCAGGGCGUCCUGGAGCCCACCGCCGAGCUGGCCGCCCACUCCUGGCGCCUCAGCCCGCUGUGCCCCGAGCCCGGCCCGGGAGACGCGCCCCACCCCUGCACCGUGAAUGCCCACAGGGUGGGCUGGGCCCGGGCCCGGUGCGGGGUGCUGCUGCAGGCACUCUUUGCCCCGUGCCACGUGGAGGUGCCCCCCCAGCAGUACUACGAGUGGUGCGUGUAUGACGCCUGCGGCUGUGACUCAGGAGGCGACUGUGAGUGUCUCUGUUCCGCCAUCGCCGCCUACGCCGAGGAGUGCGCCCGUCACGGGCUCCACCUGCACUGGCGCAGCCAGGAGCUCUGCCCUAUACAGUGUGAGGGCGGCCAGGUGUACGAAGCCUGUGGCCCCACCUGCCCGCCCACCUGCCAAGGCCCCGACGCCGAGCCCGGAUGGACCUGCCAAGCCGUGCCCUGUGUGGAGGGGUGCUUCUGCCCCGAAGGCACUCUGCUGCACGGUGGGCUCUGCCUGGAGCCAGCCGCCUGCCCUUGUGAGUGGAGAGGCAGCUUCUUCCCCCCAGGGACCCUGCUCCAGAGGGACUGUGGGAACUGCUCGUGUCAGGCCGGAGGGUGGCGCUGCGGGGAAGCCGACCCCCGCUGUGGAGAGGGGGCUCCUGGGUGUGCCGAGGGGGAGGUUCCGUGCCGAGGGAGCGGGCACUGUGUGCCCCGCGAGUGGCUCUGUGACAACCAGGAUGACUGCGGAGAUGGCUCUGAUGAGGAGGGCUGUGCCCCACUGGGCUGUGGAGAGGGGCAGUUCCCCUGCGAGGAGGGCCGUUGUCUGCCCUUGUCACUUCGCUGUGAUGGACAGAAGGAUUGUGAAGAUGGGGCGGACGAGCGUGGCUGCCCCUGCCCCGUGGGGUCCCUGCCUUGUGCGGAUGGGCAUUGCCUGCCCCUUGCCCAGCUUUGUGAUGGGCAGCCCGACUGCCCAGAUGGUGCCGAUGAGGAGUCCUGCCUGGGGUGGGAGGCCUGCGGCCCUGGAGAAGCACCCUGCUGGGAUGGAACCUGUGUCGGCACCUCUCGGCUGUGCGAUGGGGUCUGGGACUGUGCCGACGGGGCGGACGAAGGACCCGGGCACUGCCCCUCCCUCCUCCUCCCCACACCCCCUGCUGACACCCUGACUGGCCCCUUCGAGGGCAGCCUGGAGACCGGACCGACUUCUCCGAUCACAGAAGUGUCCUGUGGCCACUAUGAGUUCAGCUGUGGCAGUGGGGACUGCAUACCUCGGGGCUGGCGCUGUGACCAAGAGGAGGACUGCCCAGAUGGCACAGACGAGUUGGGCUGCGGGCAGCCCUGCCCCCCACAUCACACGCCCUGCCCCCUCAGCCUCCACUGCAUACCCUACCUGCAGCUCUGCGACGGGACCCCCCAGUGCCUCGAUGGCUCCGAUGAAAGCUUGGACUCCUGCGAGAGGCUGCCAUUGCCUACAACUCCCAACAAGACUGGUGUUCCUUGCCCUGAAUAUUCCUGCCCAGACGGACACUGUAUCAGCUUUCAGCAGGUAUGUGACGGGCAGCCUGACUGCGAGGUGGGGGACGGGCUGGGGCCGCCCUCUGAGGAGCAGGGCUGCGCCGCCUGGGGCUCCUGGGCCCCGUGGGGGCCGUGCAGCCAGACCUGUGGGUCCGGGGUGCAGGCUCGGAGUCGCCGGUGCUCCCCGCCUCAUCCCCCUGUGCUCCAGCGCUGUCUAGGCCCGGAACGCCAAAAUCGUGCCUGCUUCAAUGUUACCUGCCCUGAGGAUGGUGUCUGGAGUGAGUGGGCGCCCUGGUCCGAGUGCUCGGAGCCAUGCGGGGGGGUUGUGGCUAGACAUCGGACCUGUCACCCACCCCGGAACGGGGGCCGGGCCUGUGCCCUGCUGCCUGGGGGCCCCCACAGCACCCUCCAGACCAAGCCAUGCUCACAGGAUGGCUGUCCCAAUGUCACCUCAUGCCCAGGAGAGCUGGUACUCAAGCCCUGUGCCCCUUGCCCUCUGACCUGUGCUGACAUUUCCAGUCAGGUCAAGUGUCUCCCUGAGCGGCCCUGCAGUCCAGGCUGUUGGUGCCCCGAAGGACAGGUCCUGGGCCUUGACGGGCAGUGUGUGCAGCCUUGGCAGUGCCCUUGCCUGGUGGAAGGCACGCGCUAUUGGCCGGGGCAGCGGGUCAAGAUUAACUGCCGGCUUUGCACAUGCCAGGAUGGCAGGCUGCGCCGAUGCCGGCCUAACCCUGACUGUGCUGUGAACUGUGGCUGGUCAUCUUGGUCCCCGUGGGCCGAGUGUUUGGGCCCCUGUGGGAGCCAGAGCAUCCAGUGGUCCUUCCGAAGUCCCAACAACCCUCGCCACGCGGGUCGUGGUCACCAGUGCCGGGGCAUCUUCCGAAAGGCCCGGAGGUGUCAGACAGAACCCUGUGAGGAAUGUGAGCACCAGGGGAGCCCCCGCAGAGUGGGGGAGCGCUGGCAGUGGGGCACCUGCCAGGUCUGCCAGUGCCUGCCCAACCGCACAGUUCAGUGUUCUCCCUACUGCUCUCGGGGAGCCUGCCCGCAGGGUUGGAUGCUGGUGGAGGGAAAGGGAGACGCGUGUUGCCACUGUGCUCCUGUUGGAGAGAACAGGACAUCUGCCCCUGGGACCACUCCAGUGCUUCCUCCCAGUCUCCUGCCAGAACCCAGUCUUCGCACCUACCCACUGCCUGUACCUGGAGACCCUUGCUAUUCCCCACUAGGCUUGUCCAGACUCCCUUCUAGCAGUCUGAAAGCAUCAUCUGAACAUCCCGAACAUCCGGCCUGGGCUGGUCGUCUAGGGUCCUUGGUGCUGGGGCUGGAGCCUCAGGGCUGGAGCCCCAGGGAAGAUACCUAUGCUGAGCUCCACGUCCAGCCCCCCUUCCUUCAGGUGGACUUGCUAAGGCCCCGAAACCUCACUGGCAUCGUGGUCCAGGGCGCUGGCUCCUCUGAUGCUUAUGUCACUAGCUUUUCGCUCCAGUUCAGCACUGAUGGGUAUCACUGGUAUGACUACCACGAGGUCCUGCCAGGCAUUCUGCCUACACCCAAGCUGUUCCCAGGGAACUGGGAUGACUCUACACCUGCAGUGAAGACGUUUGGUCGGGUGGUACAGACGCAGCAUGUCCGGAUACUCCCCCGGGGCUUCCACCACAGCAUCUUCCUGAGGGUAGAACUGCUGGGCUGUGAUCCAGGUAGGGAGAGCCUGGCGGUAUCACCGUGCCCAGGAAAUGAAUUCCCCUGCGCCAAUGGCGUGUGCGUCCCACGGGAGGCCGUGUGCAAUGGCGUAGGGGACUGUGGCGAUGGCUCUGAUGAAGAGGACUGCGCGGGUCCGCUUCCAAGUGCUGCCAGGUACAGCUGGGCCCUGCCGGGCUGCCCAACCACGGCCCUUCCAGGCUGGGGUGGGGCUGCCCUUUGGCUCCUGGGCGCUGCCCAGAGAGCCCACCACAUCGGUCUUUCCUGCCCGCCCCAUGCAGCCAACUCCCUGGACCAAGGAGGUUCGAGCCCGACGCUGUGGUCGCCCUUCCCUCGAGUGCUGUGCAGCCCAGACCAGGUUCCCUGUGAGUUCCUGGGCUGUGUGGAGCCCAAACAGGUGUGUGAUGGGCAGGAGGACUGUCUCGAUGGCUCUGAUGAACUGCACUGCGUGAGACCCUCGCCUUUCGUGGUACCCACGGCCACCCAGCCCACCCUGCCAGCCAUGGGAGCUCUCUGUUCCCCGAAGCAGUUGAGCUGCCGCAGUGGUGAGUGUCUCCCUGCUGAGCGUCGCUGUGACCUGCAACCUGACUGCCAGGACGGCUCUGAUGAGGACGGCUGUGUGGACUGCAUGUUGGCCCCCUGGUCUGGGUGGAGCAGCUGCAGUAGAAGCUGUGGUUUGGGGGUGACCUUCCAGCGGAGGGCCCUGCUUCGAGCUCCGCUGCCUGGCGGCAGCUGUCCCCAAGAAGAUUUCCAAAGUCGCUCCUGUUUCUUGCAGGCCUGCCCAGUUCCCGGGGCUUGGACUGCAUGGAGCCCCUGGAGCCCCUGCAGCGCGUCCUGCGGGGGAGGCCGGCGGCGCCGUUGGCGCGGCUGCACCGAUCCUCCCCCCAAGAACGGGGGUGCUCCUUGCCCCGGGGUAGCAGAGGAGACCCUUCCCUGUGGCCUGCAGCCCUGCGGCAGCGGUUCAGAUUGUGGCCCCGAGCUUGUGUAUGUGAACCCUGAGCAAUGCCAGCAGGGCCUGGUGCCCCCGUGCCCGCCCUCCUGCCAGGACCCCGGAGCCAAGCGGAACUGUAGCCCAUCCUGUAUGGAGGGUUGCCGAUGUCCCCCCGGACGCCUCCUCCACGAGGCCCAGUGUCUGACACUUUCCCAGUGCCCCUGUCUGGUGGGUGCAGAGACCAAGCUGCCCGGAGAGUCUUUCCUGCUGGGCAACUGCAGCCAGUGUGUGUGUGAAGAUGGAGCUCUUCGCUGUGAGGCAGGGAACUGUCCUGUGCCUUGUGGCUGGUCGGCAUGGUCUUCCUGGGGCCCUUGUGACCGCUCCUGUGGGCCGGGAACCAGGGCCAGAUUCAGGUCUCCUUCCAACCCGGCGGCAGCUUCUGGAGGAGCCCCUUGUGAGGGAAGUGGGCAGGAAGUUCAGGCCUGCUACACGGACUGUGGAACUGAGCUUCUGGGCUGGACGCCCUGGACACCCUGGUCCUCUUGCCCCCAAAGCUGCUCUGUCCCCGGAGGACCCCCUGCCUGGCGACACCGCUCUCGCCUCUGCCCCGGAUCUGAGGGGGCAGCCUGCCCCGGAGAGCCCUCUCAGGAAGAGCUCUGCAGCCUUCCUGCAUGUCCAGUGUCUGGUACUUGGACACCUUGGGCACCGUGGUCCUCCUGUUCAGCUGACUGUGAUGGGGGCAUCCAGACGCGUGGGCGCAGGUGCUCUGGCUCGGUUUCUGGGAGUCCUGAGUGCCAGGGACCUCACAGCCAGACCCGAGACUGCCACACCCAGCCCUGCUCAGCCCAUUGUCCCAAGGGCAUGGUAUUCCACUCCAAGGAGCAAUGUCAGCAGGAGGGAGGACCGUGCCCACGGCUCUGCUUGGCACAGGACCCGGGUGUGGAGUGCACGGGAACCUGUGAGCCCGGCUGUACCUGCCCUCCUGGUCUCUUCCUGUACAACACCAGCUGCCUGCCCCUCAGUCAGUGCCCCUGCCAGCGUCAUGGGCAGCUCUACCCACCUGGCGCUGUGGUUCACCUUGACUCCUGCAACAAUUGCACAUGUAUCUCUGGAGAGAUGGAGUGCGGCUCUGCGCCUUGCCCAGUGGCCUGUGGAUGGAGCUUCUGGACCCCAUGGAGUCCUUGUAGCCGAAGCUGUAAUGUGGGCAUCCGGCGACGUUUCCGGUCAGGCACAGACCCCCCAGCUGCCUUUGGAGGUGCUGAGUGCGAGGGUCCCAGUGUAGAGGCUGAAUUCUGCAGUCUGCAGCCAUGUCGUGGGCCUGGGAUGGAAUGGGGGCCGUGGUCUCCCUGCUCUGUACCCUGUGGUGGUGGCUACCGGAAUCGGACCCGAGGCAACGCCCCCCAUAGCCCGAUUGACUUCUCUACCUGUGGUCUGCAGCCGUGUACAGGGCCGGUGCCGGGAGUAUGUCCAGAGGGAAAGCAAUGGCAUGAUUGCCCGGAGGGCCCAGCUACCUGUGCAGAGCUCAGUGCCCAGGAAAAUACCAAUGGAACCUGUCACCCUGGCUGCUAUUGCCCCCCUGGGACUCUCUUGUUGAACAACAUAUGUGUGCCUCGCCAGGAUUGUCCUUGUGCCUCUGGUGGGCAUCUUUACCCCGCUGGCAGCAUUGUCCUCCAGCCCUGUGAGAACUGCUCCUGUGUGUCUGGGCUCAUCACUAACUGUACCUCCCGGCCAUGUGAAGAAGACCAAGUCACGUGGUCUCCAUGGACCCCCUGGAGUGAGUGCUCCGCUUCUUGUGGUCCUGCUCGCCAUCACCGGCACCGGUUCUGCCCCGGGUCUCCUCAUCUGAAAUCCUCCACUAUCAUGCUUCUCAUCUCAACAACCUCCCUUCCCUUUCUUUGCCCCGGGCCAGAGGCCGAAGAGGAGCCCUGCAUGCUGUCCCCCUGUGACCGUUCAGGAGGCUGGGGCCCGUGGGGUCCGUGGUCAGCCUGCAGUCGGACCUGUGGGGGAGGCCUUCGGAGCCGGGCACGGCGCUGUGACCAGCCCCUGCCUCAGGGGUUGGGUGACUACUGUGAAGGGCCUCAUGCUCAGGGGGAGGCCUGCCAGGAAUCACCAUGCCCAGUGUCCAACUGCAGCACUAUCCCUGGUGCUGAAUUCAGUCCCUGUGGCCCACCCUGCCCCAGGUCCUGUGACGACCUUGCGCACUGUGUGUGGCGCUGCCAGCCAGGCUGUUACUGCCCUCGGGGCCAGGUGCUGAGCACGGAUGGCGCGGCCUGCGUGGAUCCAAGCUUUUGUGAUUGCCUUGACCUGCUGACAGGAAAGCGGCAUCAAAUGGGCUCCGUAUUGCCUCGGCCGGAUGGCUGCAAUGAGUGCACCUGUACGGAAGGGAGGCUGAAUUGUACUAACCUGCCCUGCCCAGUCCCUGGAGGCUGGUGCUCUUGGUCCGAGUGGACCCCAUGCACCUCGCCAUGUGGGGGAGAGCAUCGUGCCCGCUCCCGGGCCUGUGCCUGUCCCCCCCCUCAGCACAGAGGAGCUUCAUGCCCAGGGGAGGCUGGUGAGACUGGCGCACAGCUUCAGCGGGAGCCCUGUCCCAGACCCAUCUUGUGUCCAGUGGAUGGCGGCUGGAGCCCAUGGGGACCGUGGUCUGCUUGCGACGCUUGCACCGGGGAAUCGUCUCGGAGCAGGGCGUGUGCCCACCCGGCUGCAGAGAGGGGGGGCCGGCCCUGUCCUGGGAGGUACCGGGAGAGCCAGCCCUGCCAGGACAAUUCCACGCAUUGCACAGACUGUGGGGGUGGGCAGGGACUGCUCCCUUGUGGGAAGCCCUGCCCCCGAUCCUGCCAGGACCUGUCCCCGGGGAACCGGUGCCAUUCUGACCCGUCUGACUGCCAGCCCUCGUGCGGAUGCCCGCCUGGCCAGCUCUUCCAGGACGGGCUCUGUGUGCCUCCGGCUCACUGCCGCUGCCAGUACCAGCCCCGAGCCAUGGGCAUCCCUGAGAACAGAAGCCGCUCAGAGGGGUCCCCGGCCAGCUCUUGGGAGAGUCUGGAGUCUGGAGGGAUUCUCGUGGGUCCUUGUGACAACUGCACCUGUGUGGGGGGCACACUGCAGUGCCAGGAAGUGCCCAGCUGCCCAGGCCCCGGGAGAUGGACACCGUGGGGCCCUUGGGGAGCGUGCAGCGCGUCCUGUGGUGGUGGAGAGCAGCUGCGCUCCCGGAGUUGUGCCCGCCCCCCGUGCCUGGGCCCUGCCCGCCAGAGCCAGAUUUGCCAAACCCAGGUCUGCAGAGAGGUGGGCUGCCCGGCCGGAAGGCUGUUCCGGGAAUGUGAGGCGGACGACGGCUGCCCCUUCUCCUGCGCCCACCUCACCCAGCAGGUGGACUGUUUCUCCGAUGGCUGUGAAGAGGGCUGCCACUGCCCGCCGGGAACCUUUCAGCAUGGCUCAGCCUGCCUACUGGAAUGCCCAUGUGUCCUGACUGGAUCCCUGCUUCUGGAAUUGGAAGCUCAUAGCUCAGAAUCCAGGGCGCCUCUACCCACUGUGGGGGAGACUGGGCAGCCUCUGGGUCCUGGGGAUGAGCUAGAUUCUGGCCAGACCCUUAGAAUGGGUUGCAGCAAUUGUUCUUGUGCCCACGGACAGCUCGCCUGCACCCUCAUGCACUGUCCUGUGACUGGGGGCUUCACUCCCUGGAGUCUGUGGGGGUCCUGUUCCCGUUCCUGUGGGGGAAUGGGCACCCGCACCCGCACUCGGAAGUGUGCCCACCCCAAACCUGCUCAUGGUGGCCAGGACUGCCAAGGGCCCCUCCAGGACCUCGAAUACUGUCUCAGCCCAGAUUGUCCUGGAACUGCAGAAUCCACAGUAUUUCCAGGGACGGCUCUCCCAGGCGGCUGGAGCACAUGGUCCCCUUGGUCCCCCUGCUCCCAGAGCUGCACAGAUCCAGCUCAUCCAGCCCUUCGUGGUCGGAGCCGCCACUGCCUGGCCAACUGCACCAGUGGGGAAUCCAUCCAGGAGCGGCCUUGCAAUUUACCUCUGUGUACAGCCACGUUGUGCCCUGGCCCAGGCUGCCCUGGGGGGAACUGCUCCUGGACAGAGUGGGCUCCUUGGACCCCCUGCUCCCGGAGCUGCGGUGUGGGUCAGCAGCGUCGCCUGCGGGCCUACUUCCCCCCUGGGCCUGGUGGGCAUUGGUGCCCUGACAUUCUCACUGCCUACCAGGAGCGCCGAUUCUGCAACCUGCGGGCAUGCCCAGUGGCUGGCGGCUGGUCCCACUGGAGCCCCUGGUCCUGGUGUGACCGGAGCUGUGGAGGGGGUCGCUCACUGAAGAGCCGGAGCUGCACCCGGCCCCCACCCAAGAAUGGGGGUGCUCCCUGUUCCGGGGAGCAACAUCAAGUCCGCCUCUGCAACCCCGAACCUUGCGAGAAAGGCUGCCCUCCGGGCAUGAAGGUCUCAGCCUGCGCCAGCCGGUGCCCGCGCCGCUGCUCGGACCUCCAGGAAGGCAUCGCGUGUCAGGAGGGCCAGACCCCGCGCGCAGGGGCAGGGGCGCACGAUGGUCAGUCCUGCGCGCGGGGCUGCCGCUGCCUGGACGGGUUCCUGGAGCAGGACGGAGGCUGCGUGCCGGUGGGGCACUGUGAGUGCACCGACGCUCACGGGCACAGCUGGGCACCGGGGAGCCAGCACCAGGACGGCUGCAACAACUGCACGUGCCAGGCGGGGCGGCUCUCCUGCAGCGCCCAGCUCUGCCCGCCGCCCGCCUAUUGUGCCUGGAGCCGCUGGUCAGCCUGGUCACUGUGCAGUCGCUCUUGUGGCCCGGGGGGACGGCAGACCCGCUUCCGGUCAUCCACAUCUGGUUCAUGGGCCCCUGAGUGCCGGGAGGAGCAGUCACAGAGUAAGCCCUGCCCCCAGCCCGUGUGCCCACCUCUGUGCCCCCAUGGAAGCCACCUCAAAGCCCUUGGGGACCGUUGGCUACAAGGAGAGUGUCAGCAGUGCUCCUGUACCCCAGAGGGCAUUAUUUGCCAGGACGUCGAGUGUGCAGUGCCCGGGGCUUGGACACCAUGGUCCCCCUGGUCAGAUUGUCCAGUUUCUUGUGGGGGCGCAAACCAGAUUCGAACCAGAGCUUGCAUUGAUCCACCCCCACAACACGGAGGGCUGCCCUGCUCGGGCCCAGACACCCAAGCCCAGCCUUGUGGGCAGCAGCUUUGCCCAGGGCUGCCUGUGUCCUGCUCCUGGGGGCCGUGGGGACCUUGCUCCCGAAGCUGUGGCCCCGGCCUUACUUCUCGAUCUGAUUCCUGUCCCUGCUCCCCAAAUGGCCUUGGUCCCUUCUGCAAUGGCACCAGAUUCCAUCUGGACACCAGGGCCUGUUAUUCUGGACCUUGCCCAGAGGAGUGUGUGUGGACCAGCUGGAGCAGCUGGACGGUCUGCUCAUGCCGGGUGCUGGUCCAGCAGCGGUACCGGCACCAGCGCCCAGGCUCCAGGGGCACAAGUCAGGAGACCCCCUGCACUCGCCUCGAUGGCCACUUCCGGCCCUGCCACCCCAGAAAUUGUUCUGAGGAGAGCUGUGAGCCACCAUUCGAGUUCCAGGUCUGUGGUUCCCCUUGUGCUGGGCUCUGUGCCACCCAUCAGCGUGCCAGUCUCUGCCAAGACCGAGCUCCCUGUCAGCCUGGCUGCUACUGCCCCAAGGGGUUAUUAGAGCAGUCGGGGGGCUGUGUCCCUCCUGAGCAGUGCAGCUGUCUCUUGGGCCCCGACGGUGGAGUAGGGGAGCCCCGGAUUCUGGCUCCUGGAGAACACAUACACUUGGGCUGUAAGGAGUGCGUGUGCCGGGACGGAGAAGUGCAGUGUUCCAGCCAUCACUGCCAAGGUCUCCUUCCCCUGAGUGGGUGGUCAGAGUGGUCGCCCUGCGGACCUUGCCGGCCCCUUGCCGCUCCCAUGCCUACCUCGCCGAGUGCCCUGCGGGAGCGUGGGCUCCGGGAGGGACCCGCUCCUCCAUCUCCUGGGUCCUCCCUCGGGGUCUCCGAGCAGCACCGGCACCGCCUGUGCCUGGAUCCUGAGACGGGAAGGCCCUGGGCCGGGGACCCCGGUCUCUGCUCUGCCUCUCUGAGCCAGCGGCGCCGCUGCCCCGAUCUUGGGGUCUGCCAAGACCCCUGCCAGUGGGAGAGCUGGGGCUCUUGGAGUCCGUGUCAAGUAUCUUGUAGCGGAGGAUUCCGGCUACGUUCACGGAAGGCAAGGGGUCUUGCCAGAGAAAAAUGCCAGGAACCCUGGGCUCAGACAGAAAGUUGCAAUACUAAUCCGUGCCCAGGUGGGAGUUGUGAGGCCCAAGGUACAAUGCCAACAGCUGAUUGUGCCAACCGGUGUCCCCGAAGCUGUGUUGACCUGUGGGAUAGAGUGCAGUGUCUCCAGGGGCCCUGCAGUUCAGGCUGUCGUUGUCCUCCUGGCCAACUGCUUCAAGAUGGCCAUUGUGUACCUAUAUCUUCCUGCCCCUGUGGCUUCCCGAGCUCCAAUGCCACUUGGGAGCUGGCCCCACCUGGGGAGCUGCAGUUGGAUUGCCAUAACUGUACCUGUGUCAAUGGGUCCUUGGGAUGCACGCCCUAUGAGUGCCUGGUCUUUGGGUCCUGGUCAGGCUGGAGCGACUGCUCAGCCUCCUGUGGUGGGGGUACCCGGGAGCGGCAGCAGAGCUGUGAGCAGAGUCUCCAGGGGUUCCCGUGCCAGCUCCAGGCCAUGAAGCAGACAGAAGAAUGCAAUUCUGAGCCCUGCACAGAGUGCCCUCCUGGACAGAGACCCACUCCCUGUGCCACCUCAUGCCCAAGCCGAUGCUCAGACUUACAGCCCGGCAGCCUCUGUGUGCAGUUGCCUUGCCAGCCUGGCUGCAGCUGUCCUGAAGGGCAGCUGCUGCAUGCAGACAGAUGUGUCCCCUUGGCUGAGUGCCCCUGCAACCAGCUUUCACUGCCCUGGGCCCUCUUCUUGACCCCAGAGGAGCAAGCUCAAGAGCUACCUUCUGGGACAGUACUUGUCCGGAACUGUACCCACUGCAUCUGCCAUGAAGGAUCCUUCAACUGUUCCAGCAGCGACUGUCAGGAGUGCCCACCUGGAGAGAGGUGGCAGCGGGUGGCACCGGGGGAACCCGACCUGUGUGAGAAGACUUGUCAGGAGAUGUAUGCCGAGGAGCCGCUUCAGAGCAACUGCAGCGUGGGGCAGACCGAGGGCUGCGUCUGCCAGAGUGGGCACUUCCGCAACCAGGCGGGCACCUGUGUCACGGCUGCCCAUUGCGAGUGCUGGCACCAUGGGCACUUCUACUUGCCUGGGGCUGAAUGGCAGGACGACUGCGAGUGGUGCAGGUGCAUCGAUGGGAGGAGCUUUUGUACCCAGAGUUGUCCCCCCAUCACCUGUGUUCAGGGUGAGAUGAAAGUACAGAAGCCAGACAGCUGCUGCCCUGUAUGUCAGCAGGAGGCAUUAGAGGAGUCAUCAGUCCCCUGCAAGCUCCUCACUGAGCUUCGCAAUAUCACCAAGGGCUCCUGCUACCUGCCCCAGGUGGAGGUGAGCUACUGUAGUGGGCACUGUCCUUCCAGCACUAACGUCAUUCCUGAGGAGCCGUACCUGCUGAGGGUGUGUGACUGCUGCAGCUACCUGCUGGACCCUGUGAACCCCGUCCGCAUCCUGAGUCUGCAUUGCCCUGGGGGUGAUACAGAGCCGGUGGUACUUCCCAUCAUACACAGCUGCCAGUGCAGUGCUUGCCAGGGAGGGGAUUUAUCAAAGCGCUGAUUGGUAACACAACUCCACAAUACGACCUGUAUCGUUUGGAACAGAGCUCAUUUCAAAACAAGAAAAAAAUAUAUUCACAAAGCAUAGCUGAAGGAAUAUACUAUGUCAGACUGUUUUUCUGCAAUUUGAGGUUUGGAAAAAUAAAGUCUGAUAGACCACCCCUCUUUGUUCACAAAGCCAACAGGCAUAUAUAUGUAUGUAUAUGAAUUACAAAUGGUCCUGGGGACUGCGGAACAGGGGCAGCCUAUUCCCUAAUAAAGCAAAUGUGCUAAUA